AUGUCUACAAAAUAUCCAUCACGGUUGGAUCUUGAGGCGGAAGACCUCUUUGCAUCAUGGCAUCAGAAGCAAAUUGUGGAUGCCCAUGGCGACACCAUCGACUGCCAACAAACGCCAACUUAA